CCUUGAAGUUCAAGAGAUUCUCUCUCUCUCUCUCUCUCUCUCUCUCUCUCUCUCUCUCUCUCUCUCUCUCUCUCUAUUUUCUCUCUCUAUCUCUGUCUCUUUCCGAUAAUGAUAAUACUUGACUUGAUUGUUGUUGGUUUUUUUUUCUCGUUCAAAAAAAUGAAAGAAACAAUUUAUUUACUUUGAAUUUUCAAUUCACUUUUGAUUGUUAUGAUUAACUUUUAAUUGGAUCUUUGAUGAUUCCGUAGAUUUUAUUAAUCACGGUUUAAAAUCAAUUGUUUCCUAUUUUGUUGAUUAUUCAUUAAAAAUUGUUUCACUUUAAUAAACAUUAAUCAUGGUGUCUCUUUAAUACUACCUGUUGAUUAUUCAGUGGCGCUCAUCACCUUUUCUUCCUGUCGGUUGCUAAGCAACAUUUUAUUCUGAUCACAUGUUGGUCAAUAUUCAAAAAAAUUUUUUCUCUUUUUUAACAAUUUAGUUGAUUGUUUUUAAUUUUUUCUCGACGUGUUGUGUUUUUUUGUUGAUCUUGUUGACAUAAUGCCGAAAGCGAAAACUAGUCAAAUUAUCGAGACACCUGUUGAUUUGGUUAGAAAACGAUUCCCGUGUCGAGAUGAGGUCAUCAGUGGAUUGGAACGUCUUUUGGUGACAAUUAAAUGGCCUUUUAUAUUAAUUGAUGGACCACAUUCUACUGGUAAAACUUGUAUUACUCGAGCAUUAUUGGAAGCAUUGGGCUUAUCGUUUUCCUGGAACAAUUGCCUAGAAAUUGGAAGCUUGAAAAGUCUUCAAAGUAAAAUUAUGUACGACAUUGACUUUACUGUCAAUCCAAAUUUAGCCAGUUCGGAAAGAGUUAAAUCUCGUGUAACAUCAAACGAAACCUUUAUCAUUGGAUUUACCGAUCUCUUGGAAAAUUUAACCGCUAAAAGCUCCAAAAUUAAAGUUCUCCGUACACCCAAGAAGACACCUACUAAAAGUGCCAGUAAACGGAGUAAAUCAGUUGAUGCAAAUGCAACAUAUUCAUUUGAACCUAAAUCUUACCGUUACUUUGUUGUUCUCGACAAUUAUGAUAAAUUGGUUGAUUCAAGUAUCAAUAUCCUGCCCGCUCUCAAUCAAGUCCAUGAAGCGAUGAGAAACAAAGUUCAACUUAUCACAAUAAUGAUCACAACUCUUUACGCUGAUCGAUUCUUAUAUAAUUUCUUUGGAGUUCCAAAACCAAUUGUAUUUAAUUUUCCAAGUUUUGAUCUUAAAUCUUUACCUCAAGUAUUAUCUAGAGUAGUUUGUGAAGAUCGCGAUGAAAAGUAUUACAGGUUCAGUGAGAUUGUCUGUUCAACACUUUCCGCAUCAAUUGGUGAUCUUAACAAACUGUCAACCAUUUGCAAGAAUUCAUUCAUGGAUCAUAUUGACGAAAUUACUUCUAGAGGUCUAAAUGAAGAUGAAAGUAAUAAGCAACUGCGAAAAUUUUUCCUGGAGAAAGUUGAAUCAUAUGUUAAAUCAGCAAUCUCUCAUGGUGGAUCUUCAUCAUCCGUAAUUAACUCAUUAACCAUGAAAGAAUUACCUAAAUCAACUAAAUACCUGUUAAUUGCUGCUUUCCUUGCCUCUUAUAAUUCCAAAUCAACGGAUAGAAAAUUUUUCGUCGUCGCUUCGGAUAAGCGUAAAGUUUCCCGUUCAAUGUCACGGAAAGAGCAAACAGCAAUUGCACCUAAAUUAUUUCCACUGGAACGACUACUUCACAUUUACGAAUCACUCAUCUAUCUUAAUGAAGUAGGCAAUCAUUGUCUUCGAGAAACUCUACUAAAUCAACCAAUUAACCAACUAUUAUCCCAAAUAGAGACGCUGGUCAACCUUAAGCUCCUGAUGAAGGUCAAUUCGGUGACCAUUUCACCUUUAUCAAGUUUGAUCAAAUACCAAAUAUCAGAUUUUGUAACUUAUGAAUUCAUUGAAUCCCUUGCCAAAUCUAUCACACUCGUACUAGCGGGACACAUGAGCUGUUGACAAAAAGGAUGAGGAUUAUUAUUAAUUAAUUACACUGACGCCUUGAUGGUUUAACAAGUUAAACAAAAACAAAUGACAAAUGGUAAUCAAGAGAAGAGAAAAAAAUUGUUUCUCUCUUCAUAAAUUCAUAAUUACUUGAGAUCUCCUGAAGAUGAUACUGAUUACCAAGCCAAUCAUGAGACAAAAGAUUUUAAGUGAUGUUUAUUAUUAAUUGUUGGAAAUGAUAAUCAUGAUGACGAGAUAAUCUUCUAAUGACACGGAUAAAGAAUCAAAGGACGAAAAGUAUCUUCGACAAUGCUUAAUAUAGCCCAACCUUUAUAUCUCUCUCUCAUUUUUUACCUUCAGAAACAAAAACUAAGAGUAUUUGUUUACAUACCAUGAAUGUUACAUUCUAGUGUCUACAUCAUCAUUACCACCAUCACCAUCAUCUUCAUCCUGAUAGGAUUAAGAAGAUAUUUUUUAUUUUUUAUUUAUAUAAAUCAUUUCUUACCAUCAGUCUUUAUAUUUCUAUUCAUCUCUCUCUCUCUCUCUUUUCUUGCUUUCUUCCUCUUCCCUAAUCACAUCUCUUUCACAAUAUUAUAAACUUGUUCAUCAUCUUUUUAUCAUCACUACCAUCAUAAUCAUCGUCAUCUGAAAUUUACUAGAAACUUAAUUCAUUUGCCAAAGAUUAGACAAUGAAUUAGAAAGCUGAAAAUUUGCUCAUCACCACACGAAAAGGGAAAAAAAAGCAAAGCCCCAAGAAUAGAGGAAUUGGAAAUAGAAAGAGAGACAAACUCGAAAGGAAGGAAGGAAGAUCUCUCUCUCUCUCUCUCUCUCUCUCUCUCGCCCAAGGAAAAAAAGAAACUAAAACGGAAAAGAGAAAUGCCAAAGAAAGAGAAAAGAAAGACGAAGAUAUUAUUAGAAAUUCGGUAUUUUGAUCAUUUUUAAGUUUCUUCUUCUCUUACUUUUCUCUCAUCUCUCAUGGAAACGAAGCCUCGUACAUCGCAUGUUCAACUUUAUGGAUUUCAAGAGAAAAUGAAAAGAAAGAAAGACUCAAGAGACAAAUUCGAAAGAACCUUAUUUUCCCUCUCCUUUUUCUCUUACUUGUUCCCUGUCUACAUAUUCCCCCCUAACCUAUGGUUCUAUUACCCAGUUCGAAAUCUAUCACUUAUCUCCUACUGUCUUAUUGUACCAAAAUGUACAGUCUCAGUUUAUCUUAUAUAUUAUUCAUUAUUAAUAGUCCAAAGCGCUUGCGUUUAUCGAUUUGUGAUUUACUAUCAUUCACUACUUUUACUUUUAUCCACGAAAAACACCAAAGUCAUUGAGUCGACAUUGUAAUUCUACAUUUACCUUGUUCGAAUUUUGAUUUGUUGUUAUUUUCUCUCUCUUCUUCACUCUCACCAUCUUCAUCUUCAUCGUGAUCACAAUUUUCUAAUCAUCACCGAGAAAAACAAUUACACCCAAAUGGUAAUGUCUUGAUUUCAUUUCUAAUUUACAGUUAUAUUAAUUGAUGUAAAUACCUGAGAAAUGUUUUCAUCAUUAAUCAUUACAAUGUUGUUAUAAUUAAAUUGUUAUUACCAUAGUCGAUUAAAUAACUGUUCUCAACACAGAGACAAGACGAACAAUUAACUUUCAAAUUCUAAUUGUUGUUUGUUCACCAAGAAAGUGAGAGAAGAAAAAUUCGAACUCAAUAUUUACCUGUGAUUUUGUUUUUCUACUCUCUGUUUUGGUGGAUUUCCAAUUGUGUGUAAUUUCAGUGUUCUCAUCUUGUGUCAUUAUCGACAAUUUAAUUUAUACCCACUAAUUAACGAGCAUCUAAUUGUCAUCACCAGAGGAAAGAUAAAUUCAAAACAAUCUCCAUAGACUUUACCUUCAUUUUUGGGUUUUCUAUGCAUUUUCACCGGUAACCUCCCUCUUCCUCUUCAAUUUUGUUUACCUUAUAUUUCCCACCCCACUGC